AUGGCCGCCUCCGAGAUGAUACAAUGGUUUAUUGAUCAUCCCGACAAGGACCUCAAGGGCAUGAGUUACACUGAAGCCUCAAUUCCCCAAGUCGCAAAGGGUACCUUUCCUUUUGCUCACAAGUACCCCAUCGUCCCCGCCUCCGACGGUGCUGGCGUGGUGGUCGAAAUUGGCGCUCGAGUCACGGAAUUCAAGAAAGGCGAUGCGGUUUUAACAAUCUUCAACCAGGGACAUCAGUUCGGUGACAUCGAUCCUUGUACAGCAUCUACUAGUGUCGGUGGUACCAUCGACAGUGCAUUGCGUCAGUACGGUGUUUACAACGAGCUUGGUUUGGUGAAAGCUCUAAAGAAUUUGUCUGCUGUAGAGAGUAGCACUUUACCCGGUGCGGCUCUUACUAGCUGGAAUGCUCUUUACGGCCUCAAGUCUCUUAAACCCGGACAGAUUGUCUUGGUCCAGGGAACUGGAGGUGUCAGUCUUUUUGGACUUCAGUUUGCCAAAGCAGCUGGAGCUGUGGUCAUUGCUACAACAUCUUCAGCAGAGAAGGUAGAGAAGCUGAAAGAACUAGGCGCAGACCACGUCAUCAACUACAAGACCACCCCAAACUGGGGAGAGGUCGCUCGCGAUCUUACCCCUGGCCAAACUGGGGUGGACUAUAUUUUGGAAGUUGGCAGACUCGGCACCAUUGGACAGAGUCUGAAGUGCAUCAAGAUGGAUGGCAUUAUCACCGUUAUUGGGUUCUUGGGUUCCAGUGACAAGCCUCAGCCUGGUGUUAUGGAGGCUUUGACCAAUAUCUGCACUAUUAGAGGCGUCUUUGUUGGCAGUCGCGCCAUGCUCAAGGAACUGAUCCAAGCCGUUGAGGCGAACAACCUUCAUCCUGUCCUUGAUCAAGCCAGCUUCAGUCUUGAUCAAACUAAGGAGGCGUUUGUGCACUUGGUGAGCUAUUUCAAAAUUACUGCUAGGCUGGCCACAUUUGUUCUAACGUUACUUUAUCACACGGAGGCCAAAACAAUUUUGGAAAGGUUGUUGUCAAGAUUGAUUAAAGUGAAUUUUACGCCCGCGGGCUUCUUGCAUUCUAGCUACAUUCACUUGAAAUUCCUGGACUGUGGGUGA